AUGGAAUUUUUCUUCCUAGCUACUACACACACCACUAGUAAUAGAUCCAUUCAGGUGAAGGUCAAGUGGCACCCACCUCCUCAGGAUUGGUAUAAGAUCAAUAUUGAUGGAGCUUUCAAUGAAGAGAAUUUACAUGGCGGCAUAAGUGGAGUCAUAAGAAACAAUAGGGGAGAAUGGAUGCUAGGAUACUACAAAAAGUGUGAAAGUAUAUCCCCAAUCCAUGCUGAACUGCUGGCCUUUCGACAAGCAUUGCAAACAAUUAUGAAGGAAAAUUUCACACCAUGUGAAAUAGAAACGGAUGCUACUGAGGUCAUACAUUUCAUGGAUGAAGAUUAUCCUACUUACAAUAGUUUACUUAAUGAGUACAGGUACUUCAUGGAGAAGCUAAUGGACAUGGGAGAGAUCAGACUGAAGCAUAACUUUCGCGAGGGGAACAAAGUUGCACACUAA